GCAAAAUAAAAAAGUACCUAUCGUGUUACUUGCGGAACUAUUUGUUUUUCUGCAAAAUUAAACAGAAAGUUGAAUUACCGUAGGUCCAGCAUUCCGAUGAUGAGUGUCGAAGAAAGCCCACGCAAUUUGCAGCAAUACAAACGCUUCAAGACAAACGAUGAAGGCCGCAAAACAUCCACAUCGAUCGAGCAGAUAAAGACCGAAGCAGCCAUCGAACGGUUCUACGAUCGGUUCGAACAGUUGUCGGCGUUGGACCAAACCCUUCCGAAGCUGCAUAGAGCGGAUCACGCUCGCUAUCUGCAGACAUCGCUCGAGCAGCUUUCAACGGCCUACGAGUGUCUCGACAGUAGUCGGCCGUGGCUCGUCUACUGGAUUCUAAAUGCCGCCAGUGUGCUCAAUCUGCGGUUCAACGACGACCUGCUGGAUAGGGUCGUCGAUUUUCUUGGCCGAUGCCGUGGAAAAGACGGUGGCUUUGGCGGUGGUCCCGGCCAAGAUCCACACCUGGCGACAACGUACGCGGCCGUUAACGCACUGUGCAUCAUUGGCACAGAGAAGGCACUGAAUACGAUAAAACGAGAAACGUUGAAAAAGUUUCUAUGGGCUGUGCGCGAAGGGAACGGCGCCUUUCGGAUGCAUGUUGGUGGCGAGCUGGACGUGCGUGGUGCAUACUGUGCGAUAUCUUCGGCAAAGUUAGCGUCCUUUGCGCCGGAAGAUGAAAUAAAGCUCUUCGAAGGAACCGCUGCAUGGGUAGCUGAAUGCCAAACGUAUGAAGGUGGUUUCGGUGGAGCACCGGGACUGGAGGCGCACGGUGGAUAUUCGUUCUGCGCAGCGGCCGCAAUCAUGAUUUUGGGUGGCGAGGACCGUUGCGAUCUGAAUGCCUUAUUGCGUUGGACGGUAAAUCGUCAGAUGGCCUAUGAAGGAGGUUUCCAGGGCCGUACGAACAAACUUGUAGACGGAUGCUACUCCUUCUGGCAAGGAGCGUUGGUACCGAUAGUACAGAGUCUUAUCGCCAGGAAAGAACAGCAGCAGCACGUCAAAACCGUAAGCCUUUUCAAUCGGAUGGCAUUGCAGGAGUACGUACUUAUUUGUUGCCAAAAGCCAACGGGUGGACUUAUCGACAAACCAGGAAAACCGGCGGAUUUGUACCAUACUUGCUAUGCAAUGAGCGGGCUUGCCGUUGCCCAACACUGCGAUACGGUGCCGCUGGUACUGGGUGAUGAACGGAACGAAGUGCUGCCAACGCAUCCCGUGCACAAUAUUCCUCCUAGAGCUGCCCUGGACGCCUACCGCUACUUUGUGGAGCUGGAUGUUCCGGAAUCAGCCGCCGAAGAAUGUAAUGGAAAACCAACCGCAGCUGGAACACCGAUGGAUACCUCCGACCGAGAAAACGGUUCCGAUCGCCAGUCAUCAUCGAAUAUGUCGGAAGAUGGCAGCAGUAAUAGCAACUACACGAGCAGUCGAACUUCGGAGUAAUUCAUGUCGGUUAAUGUAUGUAAUAUUCUAUCAAACCCAUUGUGGGGUAUUGGCUGAGGCUUUAACGCAGCUGUUUCUUCAGUUUUGUGAUUGCUCUUUUUUUAAAUAAAACUCGCAUAAAGAACAUC